AUGGAUAGAACAUGGAUGGUUGCGGAUAGGAGAUCUCGUCAAUAUAAAUUAGGGGUGACACAGUUCUGUAAAUUUGCCUUGGAAAAUGCUAGAGACCUUAACCAUAUUCCCUGUCCUUGUACAAAUUGUGGAAAUGUUGACUACUUUUCCGCUGCUGUGAUAAGGGACCAUCUAUUUGUGAAUGGAAUUGAUGCUAGUUAUGAUAGAUGGAAUGAGCAUGGGGAGGCCUUAUUAGACUUAGGAAUAGAGGAAUAUACUGAUGACGCAGAAGCAGGUUCAGAUUCACACAGUUCUUACUCUGUGAAUGGCAAUGAGAUACCUGAAUAUGAAGCAAGGUUGGGUAGUGACUCAGAGAUGGAAAGUGAUGAGUGUAAUGAGUUUAGACAAUUUGUCGAUGACGCCAAUAAACCGUUAUAUCCCGGUUGUGAUAGUCACACAAGGUUGAAUGUUCUAGUAAGACUUUAUAACUUAAAAGCAAAGCACGGUAUGAGUGAUAUUGCUUUCUCUGAGUGGUUGGUUGCCUCUGCGGAGUUUCUUCCAGUAGGCAAUGAGAUACCUGCCUUUGUCUAUGAGGCAAAGAAGACCUUGAGUUCUCUAGGAAUGGAUUACACUAAAAUUCAUGCCUGCCCGAAUGAUUGUAUUCUGUAUAGAAAAGAGUAUGUUGAUGCAACUGAGUGCCCUAGAUGUGGUAUUUCAAGAUGGAAAAUAGGCAAAAACUCCAAAGAGAGGGAAGGUGUACCUGCGAAGGUACUUUGGUACUUUCCCCCUAUUCCUAGGUUCAAAAAAAUGUUUCAGUCAAAGGAUACAUGUAAGAGUCUGACUUGGCAUGCUACUGACAGAAAACGUGAUGGCUUGAUGCGUCAUCCGGCCAAUGCAGCUUCGCGGAAGUUAGUAGAUGAUAAAUGGCCAGACUUUGGUUCUGACCCUAGAAACCUGAGACUUGCAUUGUCAUCAGAUGGGUUCAAUCCUCACAGUUCAUUAAGCAGCAAGUACAGUUGUUGGCCUGUUAUUCUAGUUGCAUAUAAUCUGCCUGCAUGGCUCAUAAUGAAAAGGAAACACAUGUUGUUGACUUUAUUGAUUUCUGGGCCUAAACAACCAGGAAAUGAUAUCGAUGUCUACUUGGAACCUUUGAUAGAUGACUUAAAACUGUUAUGGGAAGGAGUUAAUGGAGUCUAUGACGCAAGACAAAGUGAAUACUUUACUCUUAGGGGUUUAUUAUUCUGGACAAUGAACGAUUUUCCAGCUUAUGGUAAUCUUUCUAGGAGUAUAGUUAAGGGGUAUAAUGCAUGCCCUAUUUGCCUUGAAAAAACAAAACCAAAAAGACUAGUGAAUGGAGGGAAAAUGGCCUACAUCGUGCAUAUGAGGUUUUUAGGAAGAAACCAUCCUUAUCGAAGGCAAAAGGCUGCUUUCAACAACCUUCCAGAACAUUCUUCCCCUCCUGUUCCUUUGAGUGGUGAAGAAGUAUUGCAAAGAGUGGAGCAGGAAGUUCCAAAGUGGCCUUUUGGGAAAAAAAAAUCCCCCUCCUCCUUAUAUGGGUGGGGAUGA